AAAUAAAAUAUUUGAAGCAAGAUUCUCUGGGCAGUUUCAUAGCCGGCCGGACGCCACUCUAUCCCGGCCGUCGGCCGCGGUUCAGGCUCUCCUUCCAUUAGAAGCACUCUUCUAGUUUAGACUUUAUAAUAGAGGCGCUGAGGCCUCACCCUUUUCCCUGGUGUUGCAAGUUGCAACACACAGCGUCCGGCGAGAUCGGCGAUCAGAAACCACGAGCCCACCCACCAUCCGGAACGCGCGCGAUGUGUCCCAUCAGAGGUGGUGGUUGUUCUUGGCCAGCGUCCGUCGUCGGCUCUGCCACGGCGGCGCUGCUCCUCGCCGCCGUCAUCGUGCGGCUCUUCGUCCCCCGUGCCUGUUCUUCAGGAAUUAUCAAGGGGCGGCGGCAGGUAGGUGCUGGUGCUGCCGGAGGAGCACGGCUCCCUGCCGGCUCGCUCGGGUGGCCGCUCCUCGGCGAGACGCUGGCGUUCAUCCGGGCCGCGUACUCGCCUCGCCCGGAGUCCUUCGUCGAGAAACGCCGCGUCUUAACUGAGAUUGACCGAGGCGAGGACGACGACGACGACCGAUCGACUGCUCGAUGUCACAGGUACGGGAAGGUGUUCAAGUCGCACCUGUGGGGGUCGCCGGCGGUGGUGAGCUCGGACCCGGAGGUGAGCCGCGCGGUGCUGCAGGCCGACGCGUCGGCGUUCGUUCCAUGGUACCCGCGAUCGCUCAUGGAGCUGAUGGGGCAAUCGUCCAUCCUAGUGCUCGGCGGCGGCCUCCAGCGCCGGGUGCACGGCCUCGCGGGCGCCUUCUUCAAGUCGCCGCAGCUCAAGGCGCAGGUCACCCUGGACAUGCAGCGCCGCGUCGGCCGCGCCAUGGACAUGUGGGGCAGGCGGCGCCAUCGGAGCAUGGGCGACGACAGCGGUGGUAUGCCCGUGCGUGUGCAGAACGAGGCCAAGUCGAUUGUGUUCGAAAUCCUAGUGAGGGCGCUGAUAGGGUUAGAGGAAGGGGACAAGAUGCAGUACCUCAGGCAACAGUUUCAAGAAUUCAUUGCCGGUUUGAUAUCACUUCCGGUUAAGCUUCCGGGGACUCAACUCUAUAGAUCCCUCAAGGCUAAGAAGAGGAUGACAAAGUUGAUAAAAACGAUCAUCCAAGAGAAGAGGAAGAAGAUGAUGUCGGAAGGCGACGAUCUGCGUGGUGGGACUCAUCCACGUGAUAUGAUCGACGUCCUGCUAGGCAACGGCAACGACGAGCUCACCGACGAGCUGAUAUCUGACAACAUGAUCGACUUCAUGAUCCCUGCAGAGGACUCCGUGCCCGUGCUCAUCACGCUGGCCGUCAAGUACCUCAGCGAAUGCCCACAGGCUCUGCAGCAACUCGAGGAGGAGAACAUGGAGCUCAAGAGGCAGAAAUCAGGCGCGGGAGAAACCCUAGAAUGGACAGACUACAUGUCGCUCGCCUUCACACAGCACGUGAUCACGGAGACGCUGCGGAUGGGCAACAUCAUCAACGGGAUCAUGCGGAAGGCGGUGCGAGACGUGGAGGUGAGAGGCCACCUGGUCCCGAAGGGCUGGCGCGUCCUCGUCUACUUCCGCGCCGUCCACCUCGACGCCGCCGUCCACGACGACCCGCACGCCUUCAACCCCUGGAGGUGGAAGGAGAGGCCCGACGUCGUGGCCAUGAGCGGCGGCGGCGGCGGCGGCUUCACCCCGUUCGGCGGCGGCCAGAGGCUGUGCCCUGGGCUCGACCUGGCAAGGCUCGAGGCCUCCAUCUUUCUGCACCAUCUCGUCACCAAUUUCAGGUGGGUGGCGGAGGAGGACACCGUCGUCAACUUCCCCACAGUGCGGCUCAAGCGAGGGAUGCCAAUCGCAGUGACGCCCAGAACCUGCUGAACGCAACGCAACUUGCCAGGCAAAACCAUACUAUACAUUUAUACUCAACUAAAGAGGUGUGAGAAAUAAUACAGUACAUGCAUGCAUGUAAUGGAGGGCGAAAUUAAAAGUUGGCACGGCAAAGAAGCUGCUGGUAUGCCAAAAGUUCAGUUUGCAAAUUAUAUAGUUUAAUUACUAUUACACUAGGGAGACCCUAUGCAUGUCUGAUGCCUCGUUGUGAAUC